GUAAUUAAUCGAUUAAUAAUCGAUUAAUGAAACAUAAACUGUGAUACAAUUAAAUCGUAAAUUGGACAGAAUUAAUUGAUUAAUUUAAUCAAAUGACUAGUCGCUGCCAUUCCUAUCUAGUACACAAGACAACUGGCUUCGAAAUGGUUUGGCUUAGUAAAUUUUUUUAUAUUGUGGCCCUCUUAUUCCAUUUAAAAUCUUCCUUGUGUUAUGAUAAUUGGAUUAACAUCGAAUUAAGCCAUACCGUUGAUUUGGAAAAUCUGAACGUUUUUAGCUAUAGAGGAAAUGUUACUAUUGCAAAUUGGGAUAUUGGGUUAGCUAAAAUCUCUCAGGAACCUCUCACUGAUCAUCAACGAUCGAACCUUAGGGGUUUAGCAGAAAAACACCGGUUGUACAGACUAAAAGCAGAGGUCGCCUAUGCUAACGGAAAACGAAAAAUCUUCUUAAGUGCGUCGAGAGCAUGCAAUCUUAUUGGAGCCAAUUUAAACGAUGCGCUGUCUGUUUCUGUGGACAACAGUGGCUAUGUGAAUGCUGUUACGCUAUUAACAAUCGCUUCCGAUAAUUGGUAAUGUUUUAUUAGACAUACAUAUGUACAUUAUACGCACGGCAACCAUACUUUGAGAGCUGAAUACGGGACACAAAAUAAUUUUG